UUGGCUUUGAGCGGAUCUCAAGUUUUCUUACCCGACAGGGUCGUUCUGUUUUGGCUGGAAUUUAGCGGAAGGUGAAUGUUCAAUUAAACGAUUUAAAGAUUUCCUUAAAUGAUCAGCUGAUCUGUUUUGCGCUGUCUUUAAAUGUUUUAUCGUUUAAUAGUCUCGUUGGACGUGAAGCUCCUUAAGGUCUUCAUGACCCAUGCUGGGUUGUAAACACAUGACCGCUGCAGUAAGUUGCCCUUUGACAUGAAUAACAUGUCUUUGACAUGUUUAUGUUGAAGAUGUCCUUAUCAAGUUAACUUCCUGGACUAAUUCACGCACUGUGAAUAUUUAUUACCUGCUAAGAAGUCUUCACCCCGGCUGAAUGCUUCAGGCUUUACCUCGGCUGAGCAGAGCUGUGGAGAGGAUUCGUCGUGUGGGAGCUCACCUCAGCACUAUGGCCCAAAAUGGCAGCACUGAGAAUGGAAAAGUGGUCACAGCUGCCAUAGUCAUCAUCGGCGAUGAGAUUCUCAAGGGUCACACAGCCGACACGAACAGCACUUUCUUGUGUCGCGGACUGCGCAAGCUGGGGGUCAGUGUGCAGCGCAUUUCAGUGGUGCCUGAUGCACAGGAGGUCAUCGCUAAGGAAGUGGCCGCACUUUCACCUACGGUAACGCACUUGAUCACGGCAGGUGGCAUCGGACCCACUCAUGACGACGUGACCUUUGAAGCCGUGGCCCUGGCGUUCGGCGAGACUCUGCAAGUGCACCCGGAGCUCACACGCCUCAUCGAGCAGUUCUUCGGCAAAGUCGAUUCUACCAGUGCCCCCAUGAAACUUGCCACAGUGCCUUCUUCUGCAAAGCUGAACUAUGGCCGCGACCCUCAGACUGGCGAGUCUCUGCGCUUCCCGUUGGUCAGUGUACACAAUGUCUACAUGUUCCCUGGCAUCCCUACACUUCUGGAGCGUUCCUUCAAUGGACUGGUGCACCUGUUUGCCAGCCCGGGAACUGCUUUUCAUACACGUGAGGUGUUCGUGGAUACCGAUGAAACGGAAAUCGCGCCCGUCCUGACCAGGCUGCAGUCUGAAUGGGGAAAACGAAUAUCGCUUGGCUCGUAUCCUGACUGGCUGAGUAACUACUAUCGUGUGAGGCUGGUGCUAGACUCAGAUAGUGCCGACAAGGUGGAGAAAGCACAGGCCCGGCUAGAGGAGGAGCUGCCUAAAGGGAGUGUGGUGCGGCUAGUCAGUGAUCCUGUAGCCGUUGCUCCCCAUGAGGUCUACUCACUCGCCUUAAAUGGUUCACCCUUAGGGGAGAAAGUAGCUGUAGCUCUGAGGACGAUCGAGAAGGCACUGGAUCUUUACCGACUGAAAGAGAUCUGCAUUGGCUUCAAUGGUGGCAAAGACUGCACGGCACUGCUGCAUCUUUUCUACGCUGCACUUAAACGUCGCUAUCCAGACAGUAAAGACAAGGUGAAAGCUCUGUACAUCCGAAUCGUCUCCCCGUUCCCAGAGAUGGAGAGAUUUCUGCAGGACACCAUUAAAAGAUAUGACCUGGACCUGUUCGCUGUGGAGGGCAGCAUUCGGCAGGCUCUAAUUGAAGUGCAGGAGAAGAGACCUGAGCUCUGUGCUGUUCUCAUGGGCACCAGACGCACCGAUCCUUACUCGCACACACUCACUGCCCUCUGUCCCACAGACCCAGACUGGCCUCCCUACAUGAGAGUCAACCCAUUACUGGAUUGGACAUAUCAUGACAUCUGGUUGUUCCUGAGAACCCUUUUUGUACCGUACUGCAUUCUCUAUGACAAAGGCUACACUUCACUGGGCAGCAUGGAUAACACUUUCAGGAACCUUUCUCUCCAAGUAGUGGACAGUAAAGGUGUAACUCGUUUUAAACCUGCCUACCAGCUGGAGAAGGAGGAAGAAGAGCGCAGCUCAAGGACGUGAUAUUGUAUAAGUGGUGGUCCAGAUAUAGCCAUGCUCAUGAGAAAAGAGCAGGCAUUACAGUGGGAAGACUGGCAAACAGCACCAAAGUUUUAUUCGUCUUGAUUAACCAAUCUGUCCUGCUCAGGGUUAUGGUGGUUCUAAAGCCAAUCCCAGCAACAAGUUGGGAAAAUUUUCCCCAGAUAGGAUACACAAAAAUAGCAACAUAUAAGAGAAAAUAUCAAAUGCCAUGCCAUUAUGUAACUGCGAGAGGAAUGCUCCUGUAACUGUAUGAAAAGUCCUUUUCCCCCUCGUUCUGAAUGUUUUUAAACCCUUUACUUGACUGAAUUUUGUGUUUCUGUGUACAUUAGUAAUGAAAGUGACCAAAAGACUGAAUGGAUUAUGUAGUAUGUUAAUAAAGUUUUAACAAUACUUAAACAUAAAUCAGUUUAGAUUUGUUUCAGUUUCUGAAUUCGUUUCAAAUUCUGCACGUUGCUAUAACAGAACAACCCAUAUUUUGUUUUUGAUUAUAUCUGCUACAGUUUUUCUGAAAAAGUUUUAAAGUCUAAAUUUGGGCACUAUUUAAGUUAAGAAACAUUUUUCAGGAAUAGGACAGCUGUUUAGAGGAUCUCAUUACAUAAUAAAGGACUGGUUGCUCUAUAAGCAUAUGUUUCCUUGACAUAAUAGUGUGGCACAUUGUCAACCCAACAGAUAUUUUUGUCUCCUCUUUAUAUAAAACUUUCGCUGAAUAAUUUUAUCUAU